AUGGGUUGUGUUUCUUCCAACUUGCUCAACCAUGAAGAUGAAUUUGCUCAACUGGGUAGCUCAGCACUUGGCCACCACAUUGUUUCUCUCACCUCCACCACUUAUGGCCUUCUCACCCUUGAUCCACCUCACUCUCACUCCUCCAACACCACACCUUCCACCACACCUUCUCGCUUCACCCUUGGCUCCAUCUUCCCCGAACACAAGUCCCUCUGGUCCGAACCCAGACCCCUCCGGUCCGAACCGGAGGUCAUAAACUCUUGGGAGCUCAUGGCUGGGCUUGACACAGAGAGCUUCCGUUUCUCUCCCCUGCCUCCACCCAAACCCUUCUCCAUCAUCAAAGACUCAACCAUCACCGACAAAGAGAACUCAAACCCAAACAUAAACCGGUUCAGUCUUCCAAAUGUGUCAAGAGUUUUUAAAAAAACCGGUUCGAUGAAGCCAUGGAUGGACCGGUUCGAGAGGAUUUGUCCACCGAACGGUGAGAACAGAGUGGUGAUCUACACGACGACGUUGAGGGGAGUGAGGAGGACAUUCGAGGCGUGCAAUGCGGUGAGGGCAGCUUUUGAAGCCUUUGGGGUGCUAAUCUGCGAACGUGAUGUGUCGAUGGACAGUGGGUUCAGAGAGGAACUGAAGGUAUUGUUGAAGGGGAAGGAGAGAGAGGCAAUGGUGCCUCCAAAAGUGUUUGUCAAGGGCUAUUACAUUGGUGGGGCUGAAGAGAUGUUGAAGGUUGCGGAAGAGGGUCUUUUGGGGGAUUUGCUUGAAGGUUUGCCAAGGAAAAAAGUUGGUGCUGUUUGUGAGGGUUGUGGGGAUAUGAGGUUCUUGCCUUGCUUUCACUGCAAUGGGAGCUGCAAGAUGGUGGUGGGUCAUAAACAAGGAAGGACGGUUGUGAUUAAGUGUACUGAUUGUAAUGAAAAUGGGUUAGUUCUAUGCCCUGUUUGUAGCUGA